AAAUACAAAUAGGCCCCUCUCUUCGUAAUUAUUUUCAGUUAGUUGUUAAUCCCAUAAAUUGAAAGAAAAGAAGGAGAAGAAGAGGAAUUUGUGAUAGAGCUUCACCUAACAAUCAUGGCGUCUGGCUAUUCAACCAACGAAGGAGGCGACCAGCAGGUGUUGGUAAAAGAGAACUUGAUUGCGAGGACGUUAAUACUGAAUAGGCCCCGACAAUUGAAUGCACUCUCAUUUCAAAUGGUUGCUCGGUUACUGGAACUUUUUCUUGCUUAUGAAAAGGAUUCUAGUGUCAGUUUACUUAUUUUGAAGGGAGAAGGAAGAGCAUUUUGUGCGGGUGGGGAUGUUGCAAUUGUGGCUAAAGGCCACUGGAAAUUUGGUGCAAAGUUUUUCUGGACUGAGUACAUCUUAAAUUAUGUUAUGGCAACAUACAGCAAACCCCAGGUUUCACUUCUCAAUGGAAUCGUCAUGGGAGGUGGGGCUGGAGUUUCUAUACACGGCAGAUUCCGUGUUGCAACAGAGAAUUCGGUGUUUGCCAUGCCAGAAACAUCACUGGGACUAUUUCCUGAUGUGGGUGCCUCUUAUUAUUUGUCCAGACUGCCUGGCUUGUUUGGGGAAUAUGUUGGUCUUACUGGAGCUAGGUUGGAUGGUGCUGAAAUGCUUGCAUGUGGCCUUGCAACUCACUUUGUGCCUGCCAAGGAAUAUGGAGGUAGCUCGAGCUCUGAAGGUUUUGAACCUUAACCCAGAUCAAGAAGGUAACUAUUUCCUUAAUCCGGGUCAGGCUUUCACACGAGACUGACUUGGGCCUUCAUUGACACCACCACACUUCUCUCUACCUAACAUCUUGAUUGAUUUCAAAAAUGGUGGUGUCAGUGUUUGACAUGGAAGUACUGAAAAAUGAAGUAUUAUGAUAUAUUGAAUCAUUUUGGCAUUUCUUGUGACCCCUGAUAAUGGUGAUGGGUGUGAAGCCUUUGACAAACCUGCAGGCUGUAGCUCAGAUCCAAGCACAUGAUCAGGCCUUCGCUAAUAUUUUCCUUGCAAGACCAUGAACCUGUAAGCUGUAUGAUAUUAAUGCCUGUAGUGCAAGCACAUGAUCCCCGUCCAAGCACCCUCCACUCCAUGGGGAACGGUAAAAGUACAAUAUAGAGACUACAAGGGCAGCAGCCACUAUUCUUACAAACAAUAGCGUUUGUGAAUAGGUGAUGGCCCUCCUUGUCAAUCAGAAAGUUAGAUUCAUCAAAGACUAAGGUCCUCACAUUAAGGAAGAAAAAACCUAAUAAUUUACUCCUCCAAAACUGAUCUAUCUUCAAAGGAUCUAAUGUAUUUCUCCUUCCGGAGAAACCAAUGAAUUAUGAAGGGAAUCUCCAUAAUUAACCUCCUUUCGACUCAAAAUUCUUUACAUUCUAGCUAAUCAACAGCUCUGCUAUAUUGAGCAGAACAAUCCGACUAAAUCUGUCCUUAAAAAAAAAAAAAAAAAAAAAGCCAGUUCUUUCAUGAAAAGUUGCGUUGAAAAUUAUAUGGUUAAUAAAUGGAGUUCCUUGUUUAAGCAACAGUUUUGUAGAUUAUAUAGAAUCUAUUGCUAAAUGAUUGAUCAAGAGGAUCUUAAUCUUUUGUAGAAUGGGCUUCUGGAUUCUAUAUUGGUUAAUGCAGGAGUAGAUUACAAGAAGCUAUCCCCCAUAAUGUAUAACCCCAAACAACAUUUUAACACCCAAUAGCCAACUUGAUAAUAACCAGAAAAAGGGCUAGGAAACAAGGGAAUAAGACCAUCAAAUAAACCCCUAAGGAUACAAUAGCAAUGCUAGAGCAAAACCUGCCCAAAACCCAACCCGAUAGGAGAGAGAAAGACCUGCAAUAUAGCUGGAGAGAGAGAGAGGUGCGGCCGGGGCUGUGGGGCUCCAAUUGAGCUGCAAUCUUGGUCGAGUGUAGGUCUUAGUAAGGGUAUAAAAACCCCCAAAUAUCAAAGACUUCUGAUGGCUGGUUAUGGAGUUAUGCACUUUCUUGAUUUUCAAACCUAGGAGAGAGAAAUAGAAGUUCUUCAAGAAACACUGCUGGACUGAUGGAUUGUCCCUCAGAUGAGGAUCGAUUGAUCCUUAGACAGCCUAAAAUGUAUACUCAAAAGGCCUGUUUGAACAGCUCACAGAACAGGGAGAUAAGGAGAUCGAUUGAUCUUCAAUUCUUGACUUUCACAGCUGGUCGGUUAUGGUUUUGCAGGCUUUUACAGAUCUGAAAAUUUCUUGAGUUGAUGUUCACGGCAGGUAAGGGAUAAUAAGAGUAAAUAAAAGUAGGGAAAGAAAAGGGAACCAAGAGAAUUGUGGGUGGGGUGGCUAUCUUAGCCCGGGCAUCUCACCCACAGCUAUCUCGGCUAUUAGAAGCAAUUGAUUGUAAUCAUUCUUUAUUCAAAUCUGAGAAUCGAGAGUACAUAAGCUCCUCUAUAUAUAGAGGGUAGAUUAGCAAUCAUACCAUAACUAAGACUUAGACUCCAAGUAAGAUUAGACCUUACAUAAUAGGAGUAGGACUCCAAAUAGGACUAGACUAGAACUCCAACAUGGAGUAGGUAAGUAACUAGUCAUUCACCAAUAGGGAAACCUAAACUGACUCAAACUGAAAUAACAAAGGAAAUAGACUUAAAACAUGACCCUAACUAGACUAAUGAAUUAAUUCCCAUUUUCUUACUUUCUGCCCAUAUUUUAGGCUCAUUAAAGUGGCAUGUUUGAGAUUUAAAAUGUAACCGCAAGCGUACGGAUCAGUGUAGCUACGGGUCGAACACAGGGAGAGCAGCCACU